AUGAGCUUGGCCCGUGGCCGAGGGUGCCGGCCCCUCCGCUUGGCCGCCUCCCCUUACAACAUCAUCGGCUCCUCACCCGCCUCCAUCUCCAUCCUCAGACUGCGGCCCUGCCUCGCGACACCCUCACGCCGCCGCAUCCACUCGUCGCAAAAGCGCACCUCCACCAUCGCAGACCACCCCAUCCCGGACCCCCUCCCUCCCACCAUGGGCACCGGCCGCGCGCCGCUGGCCGUCCUCUCGCUGACCAUGGUGCUGCGCUCGCUGGCCACGACCGUCGUGUCGUCGUCGCCCAUCCUGCUGCCGCCGUCGCUGCGCAUCAUGGCCCUGCUGGCCAACUCGUCGAACCCCGUCCUCAACCCAGACAAGAAUCCCCUUUUGCGCUUCUUCCUCAAAAAGACCUUUUACGCCCAGUUCUGCGCUGGCGAAAACGCCCCCGAGGUUCGCCAAACCAUUUCCGGCCUCAAGAACAUUGGCUUCACCGGCGUCAUUCUGUGCUACGCCAAGGAGGUCGUCUUGACUAGCGACCAGGCCAAGGCCCUGGGCGACCCUACCAAGGAGACCAAGGAGGCCAUCGACAACGAGAUUCGCCCCUGGGCCGAGGGCACGCUGGAGACAGUCCGCCUGGUCCAGCCCGGCGACUACGUUGCGCUCAAGUUCACAGGUGCCGGCAGCCUAGCUCUCGGCCAGCUCAAGGCCCGCCUCGCCGCCUCUCCCACUCUCUACAAGUCCAUCGAUGACAUCUGCCAGCUCGCCCAGCAGCGCGGCGUGCGGCUGCUGUUCGACGCCGAGCAGGACAUGCUCCAGGACGGCAUCGACGACUGGACCAUCGAGUUCGCCCGCAAGUACAACAGCGGCGUCAACGACCCCGUCAUAUACGGCACCUACCAGGCGUACAAGAAGUGCGCCCCCGAGGUGCUCUCCAAGCACCUUGCUCUGGCGCAAAAGGACAAGUUCUCGCUGGGCGUCAAGCUGGUCCGCGGUGCCUACCUGGGCUCCGAUCCCCGCCACCUCUUCCACGACACCAAGGAGGACACCGACGUGUGCUAUGACAAGCUCGCCGCCAGCGUCCUGACGCGCCAGUGGAGCAGCAGCGUCAAGGGCGAGGGCGUGUACCCGCCUUCCAGCCUGAUGAUUGCCUCGCACAACGCAGAGUCGGUGCGCCGUGCCCGCGCCAUCUGCGAUGCCGGGACGGCCAAGUCGGACGUCUCGUUUGCCCAACUCCAGGGCAUGGCCGACGAGGUGAGCUGCGAGCUGGUCGAGGCUGGCCAGGCCGCGCGCGAGGAAAAGGGCCACAAGGCGCCGGCUCUGCCCGCCUACAAGUACCUGGUCUGGGGAACGACCGGCGAGUGCAUGAAGUACCUGCUCCGUCGGGCGCAGGAGAACAAGGACGCCGUGCAGCGAACGCGGGACAGCCGAGACGCCAUGUGGACCGAGUUGGUCCGACGGUGUAAGAGCGUGGUCGGUAUGGCGUGA